CACAAAAUCCCUGGUAACAUCCUCUGGUAACAGCAAAGGUCCUGCUUGGAGGUUUCCAAUUCAUCCACAAGAAUUCCGUUUGGUAGCAAAGGAGUGAACUCCCCAAUCCUUCCUUCCGCAAUUAACCCGCAACUGGCUGCGUGAUGGCUGCAUCCGAGAGCGAGGGGGGUUCUCAAAAAUUACGGUUUGGCUGGUGGCUGAUUAAGCAGAUCAACAGCGAAAACUACGAGGGGCUCCGCUGGGUAGACAAGGACCACACUCAGUUUCGCAUCCCCUGGAAACACACUUCCAGGAAGGAUAUCAACCCUAACGAUUACAAGAUUUUCAAGGCCUGGGCCAUAACCAGCGGAAAGUACAACGAAAAGCUGAAAGAUCUAGCCAAGUGGAAAACGAACUUCCGCUGUGCCCUGAGAAGCACAAACAUGUUCCUGAUGGUGCAGGAUAACUCAAAGACCUCUGAGGACCCUCACAAAGUGUAUCAAAUCAACAGCCCAAGCCCCGAUGCUGUGGCAGCUGCUAAUGCCCCGACUACUAAAAACAAUAACCUGCGUUCCAGUAAAGAAGACAUCAGCCCCCAUUCUGAAGAAGCCCCUAAUCUGCACCACCAUAUGCCACAGCAACUGCAGCCGCAGAUAGAAUUAGAUUUGGAGAUGUUGUCGCUGGAAAACCCUCCCCAAGAGAUGGAUAGCGUGCAGAACGAAAGGCCAGUCUACGACCCUGGCAGGAAUCCUCCCCAGGACUACACCAUCAAUAAUUCGGCCCCAAAUGGCUACCAGUGCAGCCCCGACACACUCCACUGGAUUCUGCAACAGUGCAACUUAACCCAGAAUGGCUGCAGCCCACAGCAGCUGCCGUGGGCUCUGGAUGGAGGUUUAGAUCACGGUUCAGGCUAUCCAAACCAACAUAUUGGCCAAAAUAGCUACCCACAGCAGGGGAGCGGCGUGGCAAAUGGACCAGUGGAGAACUAUCACCAAUCAGUUGGCCAGUGGGUGACCCAAACUAUGGCAGAGACCCAAACCAUGCAAAAUGCUUAUGGCCCUUCUGCUGCCUCACUUCUACAGCAGCCCCUCCCAUCCAGCACAGUUCCUGCCACGAGUCAGCUUCUUAAUAACGCAGCGGAAGCCCUGUUUGAGGGGAGACCUUACCUCAAUAACCAUGCGGGUGUUCAAAGCACUUUCCUGAGUGAAGCGCCUGCAGGAAACGCAGUGAUCUAUCCAACACUGAAUGGCCCGGAAGAGAACAGUUAUCACCAGCUGGCAAAUCAGUGGGCAGCCCCAGCAGUGGUGGAGCAGAAUGGGUUCACCCAGCCUGCUGCCCCUCUCCCAGAGCAGCAUCCUCCUCCCCACACAGCGCCAUCGCGGAACAAUACAGAAACCAUUCCUCCCAAUAUGGACGUCACCAUCUAUUACCGAGGGAAGCCACUCCACGAGGUGCAGGUGGCCACCAGCAGCUUCCUGUUCACGUACAAUACCGAAGACCCCACCGUUGUCCCGGGCUGUGCGCAGGUGGUCCAAUUCCCAAGCCCAGAUGAGCUGCCUGACCAGAAGCAGGUUCAGUUCACCAGGCAGCUGCUCCUGAACACAGGGCUGCUGCUGGAGCAGAAGCACAAGAAGAUCUAUGCCAAGCGCCUGAAUAAAUGCAAGGUCUUCUGGGCCCUCUCCAGGCAACUGGUGAACAUGGCUCAGAACCCUGAGCCCAAGCUGCUGCCACGUGGCACAGAGACGGAGAUCUUCGACUAUGAGGUGUUCUCAAAGGAGCUGAAGGAUUUUAAGGAACAUCAAAGGGCUACAUCUCCCGACUUCACUAUCUACCUUUGCUUUGGGCAGUGCUUCUCCAAAUCCAAGCCCAAGGAGACCAUGUUAAUCCUGGUGAAGCUGGUGCCUAAGUUCUGUGAGUAUUUCCACGACAUGGUGCUGCGGGAGGGAGCCUCGUCCCUGAACAGCGGGAACGUGAGCCUCCAGCUGUCCAGCUGCUUCAACAGCUUGUAUGACCUCAUUGAGCAGUUCAACAUGCAGAUUGACUGAACCUUCUCCCCUCCCUAGGACCCGAUCUGCAUGUGCAUUGGCCAGUCCUUGCCUAGGUCUCUGCCUGACUGGCCUGCCUUUGAAAACACUUUUGCCUUUCCCUCACCCACUUGCAUUACUUU